AGAGGAGCCCCCGUUAUGGGAGAGGAGGAGACAGAUUGGGUAGAGUCAUUGGCCUUAGUUCUGUUCCCUCUGACCUCAGGAACCCCGAGUGCUGUGUCCAGAUUCUGCAGGGAAGGUUUGCUGGGACCCUGGUCCCAUCCUGCCAGCGGAAUGUCGGCCACACUGGAUCUGAAAUCGAAGGAGGAGAAGGAUGCUGAGCUAGAUAAGAGGAUCGAGGCUCUUCGGCGGAAGAAUGAGGCCCUCAUCCGGCGCUACCAGGAGAUUGAGGAGGACCGUAAAAAAGCUGAACUCGAGGGAGUAGCGGUGACAGCUCCCCGGAAGGGCCGCUCAGUGGAGAAGGAGAAUGUGGCAACGGAAAUGGAGAAGAACCUGGGUCCCUCCCGGAGGUCUCCUGGGACCCCUCGGCCCCCAGGGGCCAGCAAGGGAGGCCGGAUCCCGCCUCAGCAUGGAGGCCGGGCAGGCAUGGGCCGGGCAGGCAUGGGCCGGGCAUCCCGCAGCUGGGAAGACAGUCCCGGGGAGCAGCCUCGAGGAGGAGCUGGGGGCCGCGGCCGGAGGGGUCGGGGCAGGGGUUCCCCUCAUCUCUCUGGAGCUGGAGAUGCCUCAACUGCCGACCGCAAAUCCAAGGAGUGGGAGGAGCGGCGCAAGCAGAACAUUGAGAAGAUGAACGAAGAGAUGGAGAAGAUUGCAGAGUACGAGCGCAACCAGCGGGAAGGCGUGCUGGAGCCCAACCCAGUGCGGAACUUCCUGGACGAUCCCCGGCGACGCAGCGGGCUCCUGGAGGAGCCUGAGCGGGACCGUCGGGAAGGCAGCCGCCGGCACGGGCGCAACUGGGGGGGCCCCGACUUCGAGCGUGUGCGUUGCGGCCUGGAGCAGGAGCGGCAGGGCCGCCGGGCUGGCCUGGGUGGCGCUGGGGACAUGACGCUCUCCAUGACGGGCCGAGAGCGGUCCGAGUACUUGCGCUGGAAGCAGGAGCGGGAGAAGAUCGACCAGGAGCGGCUGCAGCGGCACCGCAAGCCCACCGGCCAGUGGCGGAGGGAGUGGGAUGCUGAGAAGACUGAUGGCAUGUUCAAGGAUGGCCCAGCCGUGGCCCUGGAACCAUCCCACCGCUACGAUGACCAGGCCUGGGCCCGGCCUCCCAAGCCCCCCACUUUCAGGGAGUUCCUGUCCCAGCACAAAACUGAGGUCAGCCGCAGAAAGAGGAAGAGCGGCCGACCCCAGGCCAAGGCAGCCCCCCGUGCCUACAGUGACCACGAUGACCGCUGGGAGACGCAGGAGGCGGUGUCCGCAGCCCCUGAGCCCGCACAGCCCGCCACCCCUGAGGAGGCACCCUCGCAGCCGCCCGAGAGCCCGGCCCCUGCCCAUCGGCCUCCCGAGGACGAGGACGAGGGUGAGGAGGGCGAGGGCGAGGACGGGGAGGGCGAGGAGUGGGAAGACAUGAGCGAGGAUGCGGAGGAGGAGGAGAUCGAGGAGGAAGAAGAGGCUGACGAGGAGGGAGAAGAACCAGCCCACGACCACCGACCCCACGAGGCUGAGCCCAGCGGGAGCCCCAGUGGGAGCCCCAGCGGGAGCCCCACCGGGGAACGUGGUGACGAAGAGCCCGCUAGGCCGGAGAAGCACCUGCCGCUCCCCCAGGCCCCUGCCACGCCUUCCAGCCCCUUCUCGCCCACCGGGGGCCACCAGCCUGUGUCCGACUGGGGUGAAGAGAUGGAGCUGAAUUCUCCCCGGACCGCCCAUCCGGCUGACGCCCUCUCUCCGGGAGGUGACCAGCCAGCCCCUGCCUCCUUGAAGAGUGGGUCCAGCCUCCCAAGAACCCAGAAAGCUGAAGAGGAGGGGUCUGAGGCAGCUCCAGAGGCGGACCCUGAGGGCCAGGAGACAGCGGAGAUCACCGACUUCCAGAGGGCCUCCCCGAAUUCCUGAAGACGCUGCUGGGAGGGGACUGAAGCUUCCCCGCCUCGAUGGGGAGGGGGAGGCAGGAGGGGCUUAGUCUGGAUCUCCCGGCUGUGCUCUCCUCCCCGGAGCCCACUCUGGACCCCAUGGUUUUAGAGAGGGAGAAAUUGAGGGUGGUGGGGGAGGAGAUGGGGAGGGGGCGUGACUAGUGUGUGGGGCGGAUCUGGAGCUUCGGGGUGUGAGCUUAGACCUCAGGACACAAAGUUUGGAGAAGGAGGCAUGUCCCGUGAGGGGGCGUGGUUAGGGUGUCUGGGUGGGGCCAGAAUUCUGGUGUACGGAGUUAAACCAUGGGACGGAGGAUGUUAGAAUGUGGGACGGAACCACGAGAGCAGGUUUAGAUGGGAAUCCCUUAUGGCGGUGUGGGGCGCAGCCAGCGGCGGAGGGCGUGGUUUAGAAUGGGGUGCUCAAACUAGGGGAGAAAAGAGGUGGAGCCUGGACCGAAGAUGGGUGAGGGUAGGGAGAGAAGAGGGUGGGAUCGAAUGUUGGAGUUUAGCUUGGAGAAACGCAAGUUACAACUGGGGCGGGACUGCGGCUAAGGAAGGGCGGGACCUCAAAGGCCUGAGCUUGGCAAGGGAGUGGCGGAGCUAGAUGCCUGGAAGGAGUCUGAGUUCCGAAAGGGGACGGGGUUAGGGCGCAGGGAGGAGGACAGAAAAGGGAGAGCGGAGCUAAUCGCCGGGACGGGUAUAACAUCUGCCUGGUAAGCCUGGCGGGUGUCGGCUGGGCCGAGACCUACGUUUGAGAAAAAUCGAGGUAUUGCGUGCUUGGGGCGGGCCCAGAGCCCGUGGGGGCGGGGUCAGGACGCUGUGGUUAAGCCUUAGGUCGAUGAUGGUUGGCCAAAGGCUGAGGAGGGGGCGGGCUUACAACGCGGAGGAGGCCCGCCCGCGCGGGGGCGUGACCACGCCGGCGGGGGCGGGGUUGGACGAGGGAGGGUUAGAGCGCGAA